CACCACCGUGAUUUAUUUGAUUACACGUGGGCAUUUUCAGUUGGCAAAUGAAUAAUUUCAGAGUGACUGAGUCAAGUUUUUGACAUAAUACAUUUGAUACUCACUUGUAGCUCAAAUACAUCUCACUUUGCCACGAUGAAUAAUUUUUUAAUAGCUGUCAGUAUUUUUUGUUUAUCAAUUGGAUUGGCUUGUGCCGAUGAAGUUGAUUUAAAACAACUAAAAUGUUUGGUAUGCCGUUCAAGUAUUGAAGAAGUUGAAGGAGUAUUGGCUAAAAUAAAACCAACACAAGACAUGGAAGUUGGUAAUUUUCGUUUAGAUGCUGAUGGAAAUGUUAUUAAAAAAAAAAUACCAUUAUCAAGAUCUGAAAUUCAUAUCUCAGAUGUACUUGAUGAUAUUUGUAAUAGAAUGGAUGAUUAUGUCAGGGCCAAGUACAAGUCAAAUGGUAAAUUGACAAUCAUGAAAUUAAUGACUGAAAAUGGACAAAUGAAUCCUGAUAUGUCUAUCGUUGAUAUCAUUCAAGAUGGUGAUCUCAACAAGAGUCUCAAGCACUAUUGUGAAGAACUUGUUGAAUUGUCUGAAGAUGAUAUUGUUAAAUAUUUCCGUGAUGGAGAAACUGAUGUUAUCAAUAAAGUUUGUACUGAGUCAUCAAAAUUCUGUUCAGAUGAACUUCCAGCUGAUCAAACACCUCAUGAUUAUGAAGCACCAAUUGAUGAACUUGAUGAAUCCACUGAACGAAUGGAACUUUAAAUAAAUAAACUACAAAUUAUUUGAUGAUUUAAAAAAAAAAUUUUAUAUUUAAAUUUUACACAAAAUGUAAUAUUUGUUCUUCUUUUAUUGACAAUAAAUUUCAAUGAUUUUAUAAAUUAUAAUGUUGGUGGAAUUAUAAUUAAACUGUCCUUGAAAAAUGUAGAUAGAAAAAAAAACAAAUUUUAAUCUUUAAACUGAUGAUAUUGAGAAUAAAACAAACACUGCUGUUUUUUUUUUUUUGUUUAAAUUAAUUUGAACUAGUUGAACGUUGUCUUAAUCAAACAUUACAAAACACUCACUGAUAAAAAAAAAAAUACUAAUGAAGAUAAGC